AUGUUGAAGCCCUUCCAAAUCAGAAACCUUCGGGUAUCCACUCAGCACCAACCAGAGCAGCUUGCGGAUUCUCGUCCUUCUGCGGGAGUGGUCCAGAUCUCUGCUACAGAUUACGAUGAUUUAGCGUCGAACCAUCCCCGCGCAAGGUUGACUUAUAUGGAUGACGAUGAUGAUGACGAAACAAUCACCGUUGGAUCCGCUCUCGAGCUUUCUCAGCGCCUUGAGGAGCCCCUAGACAUUAAUACACAGCUUGAAUCCGUCGAGCUUUCUCCCGAUGGCAUCAGUCCGAUGCACAUAUUUGAUAUUCGUCGAUCAAACUCUGUGACCGAGUUGUGGAAACGGUUUGAGGACAACGUUCCAAAACAAGGCUCGGCCAGUGAGAAGAACGACACGCGAGCUCCUUCUAAGGCUACUGUCCUUGAAGAGCAACAUGGAGUCACUGUUCCUCGUAUUUCAACCCCGCCACUGAUAUCUGGGGACCAGCCUCGGCCUCUUAUGGAAGCAUUCGAGGCUGAGCUAGCAGAGAUGCUCAAUUCUUCUGAGUCCUCGGAGAGUAGAAUACCUCAGCCUAACUCAUCACCGACUAAUGAGCCAUCGGCCAACACAAACUCAGGGCGAUCCCCUCAUCCCGUUGAGAUUUUAGCGGCACAGGUUCUAGACCAGCUGAUCAACGGCGCUAGUAUGGUACAAUCUGAAUGGAGAAACAAAAUGCCUGAACUACAGCGGCAACUACAGAAUGCUCAGAGACAAUUUGAGGCUGCACAGAGAUCUCUGCCUGAGAACGUGGAGGCGUCAUUGCGGACACUACUCGCCACUGUUGAGGCUCACCUAAGAACCGCUUUUAAUAAUCUUCCAGAUGGCGGAAGGCAAAUGGCAGAAGAUGCCUUCCAAGCAGGAAGACCUGUCGCUGAAAAUGCCGCUGAUGGCUUUCGUAUGAUGGCCUCCGAACUUAACGAGGUCGGAAGGACACUAUUUGCCGCAUUUGAGAACGAGUUUGGUCGUGCUGGGUCAACAGCCCCUACAGCGACCUCAACUUCUGAGGCGCCAAACCCUAGAGCAUCCGAGCCGUUCUUCAACACUACUGCAAGAAAUGAAGCUGCGGCUCCGGCCACUCUGUAUCCCCAGAGCUCAGGCCCGACAGCCAGAAAUGAGAAAUCCACAGCAGACCCAGGCCAAUCGAACCCAUCUAAUGCUGCACAAGCAGGAGUGCCCCCCAUCCAAAGUCGUCCUGGUCAACCCACAUCUGCUCGCCCAAAUCAUUGGGCGCCUCCGACAUGGCCUGCUCCGUUUUGGAAUCCAUUCAACACUUAUAACGCACCCCCGCCUCCCUGUCCUCCUCCACCGUCGGCAUCGCUGCCGAAUUUCGCUUACUGGCCCCAAGGGCCACCUGCGCCUCCUCCUCCUCCUCCUCCUCCUCCUCCGCCUCCUCCUGCAUUCAAUCGCCCGUUGAAUGCUACACAAACAUCACAAGUCAAGCCUACAGAAUCGAAGAACAGUUCAGCAACUAAAUCUUUGUUCAUUGGCAAUGUUGGUUUCAAGGUUACCGACAAGAUGAUACAGGAUGUGUUUGCUGCCAAGGGAUUCCUUGUCAAGGUGGAUCUCCCACUAGAUACCGCAUCAGGAAGACAUGCAGGCUUUGGCUAUGUGAACUUCCCCUCGGAUUAUCCGGCUUUCGCUGCAAUGGAGGCAUUGCAAGGUGCUGUCAUUGACGGUCACUCGAUAAACCUUGAGCCUAUGUAUCAUCCCCCCAUCGAAAGUGUGCGUUCGGCACAGAUUUCACCCAAUGCCAGUACAACCACACGCAAUACUCAGACAGACCGCCCUCUGGCUGACACGAGCGGUGUAAACAAUGCUCCAUCUGAGCGAGAUCCAUCUGAACGAGACAGCACCAUAUCGACGCCGUUUGCGUCCCCGCUUGCUGUCAAGCUACAAAAGAGUCCAUCCAAGCCUGGCAGUACGGAUAAUCGGAGAAAGUCUGUCAGUUUUGUAGAUCUCACGCGAAAUGUUGAUCAUGAUCAACCUCAGACGGAAUUCUCCGCACUACUUGACUCUCCAAGCGACGACCCUGCAUUCAGCGCACGUUUUCCCUCGCUUUUACCCGAGACGAGCGCGCAGCAUAACGAUCUAUUGAGUGGACAAAGUGUUUCCUCGUAUUCGCAUACGGAGUCUCGUUUCCCACCUGUGUCUCAAUGGGAGGCCCAACUUCUUGCAAACCAGUCGCCGGUUGUUGAUGCCAGGCGACCUUCCGACCAUAGCAAAGCAGUGCGGGAUCAAAUCGGCCAUUCUUCCGGUGCCAAGGAGACUGCGCGCCCAGCGAUAGAUCUCAAUGACCAUAUGCGCAAUCUUGGUGAUAGAUCGCGUGGCCCUGCCGAAACAGACACGUGGGCUCGGCUGUCUAGACGAGAACGAAAUGCUGCAUCUUCUCGCGAGCAAAUCCCCGGAAGCUUCCCGGUGGAAGAUACGGUGACGGCCGAGCUCUCUCAUACUCUUGAUGACAAUGUUCCUGAGACUGAUGAUGCGGCGAUCGAACGAUGUGUCUCUGCUCUUGUCGAUAUGGGGUACGGGGCUGGACAAGAAGGUGGACGGUCAAGAAUGGCUGUAUAUGCAGCUAUGGCAAAUGGUGUCCUCAUGGAUGCGAUUGAUAUGAUUGAAGAGGAAAGAUUGAUCUAUGAACGACGGCCUUCGCAGUGA